UGUGUGUUUUGUGCUCAGCUGAAAAUGGCGUCCCGAAGCGAUCGCUUUAACUUAUCGCACAAUAACAUGGAUCACAAACUACACAGCUAAAAUUAUAUAAAAUGGAUACCAACUUCAAGGAUAACCCAUAAAAGCUGUUCUACAGGACAACGUAUAGACCACAACAACCCAAGGAGUUAUUUCAGUGGUACGGUGAAAAUAAUAGCAUUUCCCCAAUAGUAAGCUAGCUAAUGUAAAUUCCAUGGCUAGCUAACGGUAGCAAGCUAGCGGGCUAACGUUCCGUGAAUGAAGUCGCUAGCCAUUGUACAUAUUUUAAAGAAAUGUCCCACAUAAAUGUAACUUCUAUAGCUACAAUAAAAUGUGUUGGAUAUGUUGACUAACACGGCUCUUGCGUUCGAACAGGAGACAACCAGACACAAAUGUUUUCGCGGAAGUUAGCUAGUUAACCUUAGCUUGCUAACUAACAACAGUCUUGCAGCUAAGCGGUUCAUUCUAGCUAGCCAGCUAACAACACAGCGUCUGCUGCAAGUCGGUCAGUUCUGUACCAUUAAGCCAAGCACAACCAUUUAACUCUGGUUUUGUUGCAAAUAAACGUUUAAUUUGUGCUUUCACAUGUUUGCUGUUUUUUGGCAAAAGAAUAACAUUAGUUAACUAGUUGGCUAUCAACGUUAUCAGUUGUUCCUAUGGUUACCUAGCUAGCCUAUAUUAGCUAUGUAGCCAAAUGCACUCAUUACUAUAGUAGCUGAUAGCUAGCUAGUUAGCAUUAAGUACAAUACGCUAUUCAUCCAUAAUCUUGUCGCCAACGACAACUAUUGAACUAAUCUUUAUCGGUCCUAUAUUAUCUGGCAAACUGUCAAUCCAAUUGCCAGGACUUUUACCGGUAUUUUAUCUUAAUUUUCCUAAAACUGGUUUUACCAAUUGUUUUUAAUCUGCUCAAUUUUGCUUUUCGUGACAUUGUUGUGAUUUCUCUCAACUGUCUCAUUGCAUACCUAGGUUAUGGAAGACCAAAACCCUCGUUACAGCAAGCGCUUGGUAAGUAACUAACGUUACAGUUUUACAAGAUACGUUUAGUCAUGCUAACUAAACCAAUAUACUUCUGGAGUUGGCCAAGUUGGACCCUUUUGCAAGUGUACAAUAACAACAUGAUAGUUUCCUUAAUCAAAACCACUGUUGCAUCGGUAACGAGCUCAAUCAAUAGAUUACAGUGUUGCUGAUCAGUUGCCAUGCCAAUAUACUGGAUGUGUGUCAGUGGGUUCAAUGUAGGUUCAAGUUCGCUAGUGUUGUCCGACCUGAAAAUGCUUACUCGUGUGCGUUAGGCUGAACUUUUUUGUUCUCAUGCAGUGAGAAAUUUAGAGGAAAGGACAUCAUUCAGUCAAAUUUAUUUUAUAAAUCCCUUUUUACAUCAGCAACUGUCACAAAGUGCUUAUACAGAUACCCAUCAUAAAACCCCAAGAGCAAAAGACAACCCACAGACACAGCUGUUCUUUGUAGAACCAUUAGGCUUUUCUAAGGGGUGUGAUUUUGUUUUCUCUGCUGUCAUGAAAAAUGAUCCACAGAAUUAUAGAUAAUAAUGGAAUGUUUUCUUCUUUGAAACUGUGGUUAAAUCAAGAUAUGAGAAUGGUGAGUAGGAAACAGCAUGCGAGGUGUUGUUUUGAGUAGGGAUAAGAGCAGGCAGGGUUUUUGUGGAAUAGGGUGGGGGUGAAUGGGGCAGGGGGUUGUUGUGCUGGAUCCAUCUGUCUAGCCAAACUAUGAGAGCAGAGGGGGGAUGGGGUUGUAGUAGGAUAAGCCCCUCCUUCUGGGAUGCCCAUACGGACCAUUAAGUGACCGAAUGACUGAUCCGCAAAUCUUUCUGUUAUGAAAUAUCACAAUAUGUUUAACAUUUUUGAUGUUAUUUUAUGUUUUUGAAUUAUACAAGUUCUAAAUUUGCUUGGAGUUGUGCAUGACCCUAGGCUGGCAACACAUACAUUGUAAGUGAUUUCAAUGGGGCUUUCUCCAUUCUGAUUGUUUUAUGCUGUUCAAUCAAACUUCAACCAAAAGUUGAUCUCAUUUGAGGUCAUUUCCACACUGCCACGUAGGGCUGCACGAUAUGGGCAAAAAAAAUCUAGGCCUUAUUUUUAACCAAAUAUAAACUGUUGAAAUCAUGGAAAUAUAAUGAUUAUUCUAAUUCUAUAGUUAGAAUGUAAUACAUUUUAGUAAUUUAGCAGACGCUCUUAUCCAGAGCGACUUACAGUUAGUGAGUGCAUACAUUUUUCAUACUGGCCCCCCGUGGGAAUCGAACCCAAAACCCUGGCGUUGCAAGCGCCAUGCUCUACCAACUGAGCUAUAGGAGGGACUGUGAAUACAGCGUUGUUUGACAACAAAUGAAAAUGCUAGGGAGGCGUUUAUAUGAUUAGGAAUUAGAAUACUAUCAGGAUCACUAUGGGUGUGUUAUUGUGACAGGGUAGGAACCAAAGUGCUGCUCAGUGUUUCCCAUAAUCUUUGGCUACAUUAAAUGUUUUCUCUUCAUGUAGUUAACAAAUUCAUGCUUCACCUAUUCCGCUCUGAUAUAGAAGAUACUGUUGCACAAACAAUAUGCUGAUAUAGGCUACACCAGCACUGGUAUCAGGCUGUAUUAGCUAGCUAUGUUUGCUCUGACUCAGUACAUUUAUUUAGCAUUAGCGGCUUACACAAUUUAUUUUAGGCACAACUUCCUAAGAAAGACAAACUAGCUGUUUGGAGACAGCAAGAUACACAAACGAAUAGUGUAAUUAUAGAACGUUUCUGGAUGUAUAUUAAGUAGCACAGUGGAAAGCAGCAUCGACGUUAUCAACAUAUCAGGGAUUUUAUUUUUUAAAUAAUAUUAUCUUUGAGAAACAAACAAUCACCUAAAUAAAAGCUAGACAGUCGGGGAGAAUCGAAACUUCCCAAAACAAUUAAUUUAGCAGUAUUGUUUUUGUUAUUAUGUUUGAGCAAAAUAACACUGCAUUAGCCAUGGCAAAAUACAUAGAAUUGCAGGAAAUUAGCUUUAAAACUGCUACAUUCUCUCAGCUCCAUUGCAGGAUAUUAGCUUAAAAACUGCAACAUUUUCUCUGAGCUCUAUGGCAAAAUGUGUAAAAUUGCAGGAAAUUGGCUUUAAAACAGAAACAAUUUCUCUCAGCUCCAUGGAGAAAUUUGUAGAAUUGCAGGAAAUUGGCUUAAAUAUUAAAACAUUUCUCUACACCGCCAAGAUGGGGGCCUCUAAAAUUGUGUCUAAAAUCCAACUGGUUGUUUCCAACUGGAAGUGGUUGUUUCCUUGCUCUGCAAGGCUUUUGUGGUCAAUUGGUAUUGAUGCUUCUUUGGUGGAAGUUAUCGACGUGUUCAAAGGGUCCCUAAUUCGAGCCAAGGUUGGGGCAAGGAGAGGGACUGAAGCAAUACUGUUAAAUAUGCAUGGUCUUAGCAGAAAGCUCAUUCAAAGUGAUACAAUAAGUUGAGUUUCUGCCUUGUGUCACUAGCGUACGGGGACGCGGCGGCGCUACCAGGAUGACGGUAUCUCGGACGAUGAGAUUGAGGGGAAGAGGACGUUUGACCUGGAUGAGAAGCUGCAGAGUGACAGGUUCAACUCCUACCUGAUUAAACACAUGGAUGGAAAAGGUCAGGGGUCAAACCACACUGUGAUAUCCCUUAGAGGCAUUAACCAUGUUUCUCCUAUGAUAUGAUGAUCUUGACCUGGAAAAAGUGUUCGUUUUUUAAUCUGGCAAAAAUCAUGGCCCUAAUUAUGGUGUGUUCUAUUAUUUUUUUUGAUUACUCUUGGUGUGCCUACCCUGCAUUGUCUAUAACGUGUUUCUGUCUGUUUCUCUGCAGACUUCACAUUCGAGUACAUCCAGAGGGAGGGGCUGAGAGACCCUAUCGUCUUUGAGAAAAAAGACGGUCUCGGCUUAGAGUAGGUCACGCUUCUUUCUAAUUAUCUAGCCGACCUUCCUCACUGCAUAUCUGUGGAGGGAUAGAAAUAUAACAGUUGGUUGACUCUCUGAUUCUCCAAAUUUAUUUAAUAGUCUCUCUCUCUUUUGCUCUCUCUCGCUCUCAUUCUUUCAGAAUGCCAGACUCUGAUUUCAGUGUGAGUGAUGUCAAGCUGUUCGUAGGUAAGGCCCAAACUAUGAACACUAUGAACUCAGUUCCUGAUUUCAACUGAUUUAACAGUGCUACAGCCCCUGUGAACAAUUCUCCCUGCCCUUUGCCUGUCCCCCUCUCUCAUAGGCAGUCGGAGGAUGGUUGACGUUAUGGAUGUGACCACUCAGAAGGGCAUCGAGAUGUCCAUGGCCCAAUGGCGGCGGUACUACGAGACCCCGCCCUCGGAGCGAGAUAAGCUCUAUAAUGUCAUCAGCCUGGAGUUCAGUCACACCAAGCUGGAGAACCUGGUGAAACGACCCGCCUCGGUAAGACACACACAAACCAGAACCUCGUCAGACACCUCACCUUGAAAGAUACACACACAUAUAACACCAAACUAUCACAUGGCAAGCUAGGGAGUCUGACCAUUGUAAACGCUGGGCUAUCACUUCCACAGAGCUCUGGACAGUCAGUGAUGUAUGUCCCUACUGACCUUUUCUCCCCAGGUGGAUUUGAUAGACUGGGUGGACAACAUGUGGCCAAGGCACCUAAAGGAAAGACAGAGAGACUCAACCAACUCCAUCAUAGAAAUGCAGUAUCCCAAAGUGCAGAAGUGAGUCCAACACCUGCACAUUUACAUGGCCUUCAUUCCUCAUGUACUCAACCACACCGAUUUUCUUUUACCCCAUGCAGUGUUUGUGGGUGGAAGCGUGAGUUGAUUGAAUAGAAUGUCUUUAUUACAUUGUUUCAAUGCUGGUUGAUGUUGGAUGUAAAGAUGUAUUAUCUUCCCUCUUUUCUCUCUCUCGCUAUCUCUCUCUUUCAGGUACUGUCUGAUGAGUGUCCAGGGCUGCUUCACAGACUUCCACGUUGACUUUGGUGGUACGUCAGUCUGGUACCACAUCCUGCGGGGGGGCAAGGUGAGACGACAUCAAGGAGAACUAGAGCCUUGAUGUGUCACGUUUAAAUCGCCACAGAAUUCAAUAGGAACAUAAUUUAUCCCUGACCAAGAUGGCUGCCAUUAUCAGCACAUUCUAGAGUUAUGAAGGUUUCGGACAUAUGCCAAUUUCAUAUUUUAUUGUAUCUCUCUGUCUAUCUAUCCCACUUUUCAACCCUGACCUCUGACCUCCUGUAGGUGUUCUGGCUGAUCCCGCCCACACCCCAGAACUUGGAGCUGUAUGAGAACUGGGUGUUGUCAGGGAAACAGGGAGACAUUUUCCUGGGGGACAAGGCUCAGGACUGUCAGAGGAUAGAACUGAAGCAGGGAUACACCUUCAUGAUCCCCUCCGGUACGUACACACACACACACUGAGACGUACCCACACACAUACACCCGGACACACACAUACAAACAUAAUCUAACCUCCCCAACUGUUGAUGUCUAGGCUGGAUCCAUGCUGUGUACACCCCUGAGGACACACUGGUGUUUGGGGGAAACUUCCUCCACAGCUUCAACAUCCCCAUGCAGCUCAACAUCUACAAUAUUGAGGACCGCACACGAGUGAGUACCGUACCCUACUGUACACUGUAGCACACUACUGCACAAUGUAACACACUACUGCACAAUGUAACACACUACUGUACCGUAACACACUACUGUACCGUACUGUAAUGCACUACUGUACCACAGUAACACACUACUGUACUGCAACACUGUAACACACUACUGUACUGUAACACAGUACUGUACCGUACUGUAACACACUACUGUACUAUAAUGCACUACUGUACUGCAACACUGUAACACACUACCGUACUGUAACACACUACUGUAACACACUACUGUACCGUACUGUAAUGCACUACUGUACCACAGUAACACACUACUGUACUGCAACACUGUAACACACUACCGUACUGUAACACAGUACUGUACCGUACUGUAACACACUACUGUACUAUAAUGCACUACUGUACUGCAACACUGUAACACACUACCGUACUGUACCACACUACUGUACCGUACUGUAACACACUACUGUACCACACUACUGUACUGUACUGUAACACACUACUGUAACACACUACUGUACCGUACUGUAACACACUACUGUACCACACUAGCACACUACUGUACUGUAACACACUACUGUACCACACUAACACACUACUGUACCACACUAGCACACUACUGUACCACACUAGCACACUACUGUACUGUAACACACUACUGUACCGUACUGUAACACACUACUGUACCGUAACACACUAUUGUACCGUAACACACUACUGUACCACACUAACACACUACUGUACCACACUAACACACUACUGUACCACACUAACACACUACUGUACCGUACUGUAACACACUACUGUACCACACUAACACACUACUGUACCGUAACACACUACUGUACCACACUAACACACUACUGUACCGUACUGUAACACACUACUGUGUGGUCCUCUGUAGCUCAGCUGGUAGAGCACGGCGCUUGUAACGCCAAGGUAGUGGGUUUGAUCCCCGGGACCACCCAUACACAAAAAUGUAUGCACGCAUGACUGUAAGUCGCUUUGGAUAAAAGCGUCUGCUAAAUGGCAUAUUAUUAUUAUUAUUACUGUACUGCAGAUCCAUGAGUUUGGAUGAGUACUACUUGAUUAGGGGAAAAAGGAAUUGUGUUGACUUUCAAUAUCUAAUGUGUACUGCUAUCCUUGUCCCCUCUACAGGUCCCGGCUAAGUUCCGAUACCCCUUCUACUAUGAGAUGUGCUGGUACGUGUUGGAAAGAUACCUCUACUGCCUGACCAACACCUCCCACCUCACCCCUGAGUUCCAGAAGCACUCUCUCGGCGUCGGUGAGACAGUUUAAUAUUUUCUGUCUCAUUUGUUUCCCUCCUUCUCUUUUCUCUCCGUUUUAAUUCCUCUGAGUUUAUCCCUCUGUCAGGUCUGACCCGUGAAGACUCUGAGAACAAACUCAACGGCCACGUGAAAAACGGCACGGAGAAAAAGAAAGAGGGAGACGAUGGUGAGGAAGAAAAGGAGGAAAGUGAGACAAAGGUCAAAAUGGAAGAGUCUGAUGAUGAUUCCUUCCCCCCUCCUGGUGCCACUAAGCUGGGGGUGAGGGUAAACCUGACCCCCCUGGAGCUGGAGGGGCUGUGGAACCUGCUGGGGAAGCUGGAGGAGCUGCCGGCCCACAAAAAGUGUGUCCCCGCAGGCAUCCGCAACGCCCCCGCCCUGCUCCACGACAUACGGGUGGGUACAAUACACCAGUCUAGAAUAUAAUAAUAAUAUAUUAUUUAGCGGAUGCUUUCAUUUAAACCCACUUACAGUAGUGCAUGCAUACAUUGUAUGGUUGGCCCCAGCAGGAAUUGAACCCACAAUCCUGAGGUCGCAAGAGCCAUGCUCUACCAAUUGAGAUACACAGGACCAGUCUAUGGCUGCACUAGCUAUAUACAUCAGUCUAUGGCUACGUUUCAAUAUCCACACUAGCAUACAACUUCCAGUGCAUGACCAAUAGCUUAAUUCUAACUGGUAUGCUACUGUAGAUAUUGGAAGGGUACCUAUUAGCAUCCAGCUGUCUGUAUCUAUUUGUAAUCUGCUCAGUCAAUAGUCUUGACAUGACCCUGACAAGGCUUCUGUUCUGCUGUGUUCAGGCUCUUCUGGAGGAACACUGCAACGACGACCCCAAGCUGUCUUACACUGGAAAGCCCAUCGUCAAGUGGCCCAAGAGGGUGAGCCAGAGAGCACAUGCCUCUCAUACACACAUUCAAACAUCCACCUAACAUAACUUUCCUGUCUCCUCUCCCCCCUCCCCAGCCCUCGUGGUACCAGCCCCCUCCCCCCUCAGUGGUGUACCGUCCUCAUCUCGCCAUGCCCCACAAGGCCGUGGUCUCGCGCCCUGCCAAGCCCGCCUCUAUCUCAGCUCUGAGAAGGCGGCGCGUGCGCUGCAAACACUGUGCAGCCUGCCAGAGGAAGGAGUGUGGCGAAUGCAACUUCUGCAAAGACAUGAGGAGGUUCGGAGGACCCGGGCGCAUGAAGAAGGGCUGCAUGAUGCGCCAGUGUCUCACUGUGAGUAGCCAGUGCAGUACCUUCACACCCAGAGAGAGAGAGCGAGGUGUGUAUAUCUCGCUGAAUGAGUUGUGUGUGUGUGUGUGUGUAUAGGAUGUUGACCCUUGUCUCUCCCCGUCUCCAGCCUUGCCUGCCUAACUCAGCGGUGUGUGCUCUGUGUGGAGGGGGCCAGGGGAAGCAGGAGUGUUCAGACGCAAGCCCCUCCUCCACAACCCUCAUGGAAUGCUCCAGCUGUGCUCAGAUCGCCCACCCCGACUGCAUCAAGGUGACCAGGCCUUGCACUAACAGAUACAUGUAUACCUGUCCUACAAUCUGCACUGAAAAUCCCUCUUGUGCAAAAUAUACUUCCAAUACAUAUUUUCUUUACAAUGUAUGCAUCCCACACAACUCAAAUGGCCCUUACGGAUGAUAGAGGUGUUAUAGCUGUUUAUAACAAUCCUCUUUGUGUAUGGCAGGUGUUAUAACUGUUGUUAAUUCUCUCUCAGGUUCCUGGGGAGGGCAGGAUCAACAAGGACCUGCCCAGCUGCUGGGAGUGUCCCAAAUGUUACCAGGGCGAAGAAGGCUCCUCAUCAGAGGUACCCCAUCAUUACUCUUCCUCUCGCUGUCUCUCUGUGUCCCUCUCUCUGUCAGUCUCUCUCUAUUCCUCUCUGUCCGUAUAAGACAAUACCCAUCUACUCUAUUGAUACCUGUUUUGUGAUAAUGAUGAUGCCCUCUGUCUCGCUCUCCCUCUCGGUCUCAGUCGUCCAGCAGUGAUGAGGACAGUAUGGUGUCUACAGGUUCUCUCUCUACGUCGAGGCCGUCGACGCAUGCCCACCGGGAGGGGAUAGGAGAUGGGGAGGCAGGCGAUGGGGUGAGGAAGGGGCGACGCGGCAGACCCCGCCUGACGUCCUCUCUGUCCCAGCGGAGAGUGCCGCCUCCCUCUCAGCGGUUGUUACUGCAGCAACAACAGAACAGGAAGAGAGCCGGAGCACUGGAGCUACGACUCAGGAAGAGGGUGAGAGACAUAGAGAGAGAGGGGGGAUGGCUAGAGUGCUUUUUGAUUUUGGUUAGCGGUCGGAGUUAAAGCUCUACAUCCAUCGUACAAUCAUUCCUUACCACCAAGGAAUCUCCUCUUAAAUCUCUUCCUACUCUUUUAUGUUGCAGAUUAAACUGGAGCGCAGCAAAAUCUUACAAUCGGUAAGCACAUGCAGUCCUAUUUAAAAGCACACUAUCUCUCUAAACCAGUGCAUGAUUAUUCAAACCAAAGCAUUGUUUAACCCAUUUACCCAUUAUCCUCUCUACAGAAGCAGACGUUGUCUCUGGAGCGUUCUCCUAAGCUCCUGAGCUCCCAGGGUCUAACCCACCUCCAGAGAGGGGUGUCCUCUCACCUCCACUCCCCUGUUGGCAGACUGUCCCGGGGCCGUGGGUCCUUCAGAGGCUCCCCCUAUCACUCCCCUACAGGGGCGUGCCUCCAGCCCCCUCAACCCUCCCUCAGCCUGGCCCCCGCAGGCAGGGGAGAGGGGCACAGGGAGCGAGGGAGAGGAGUACGGCUCAGAGGAGGAGCAGCAGGGAGAGGAAGAAGAGGACAGAGACACGGAGGAGCAGAGGAAGAGAGUGAUAGCAGUAGCAGUAGUAGCAGCAGCAGUAGUAGUAGUAGUGAUGAGGAGAGGGAGAACGGCCUGCGGGCCAGACGGAACAAAGAGAACCAACCACAGAGACGAGGAAGAGGAGCAGCCAAAGAAGAUGAAGAGGAGCAGAGUGAGGAGUCCAACCAAAACGGAGAAGAGAUGGAUGAAGACGGGAGGGAAGGAGGACAGGCGCAGACGGAGCCACCUGUCCUCGUAGUGUCGGACCUUAGCGACGACCUCAUGAAGGGCUCGUAUCUCACGGUGACCCUACAGCCGUCGAGGGCCAAACGUGACCCGGGGGCCAUCGUCCCCAAACUGGAGGCUGCAGUCGCCCCCCGGCCUGCCCCUCCCGGCCAGAGUUACAUCCAACGCAAGAACCUGGCCCGACCACCCCUCAGGACCCACGCCCCAGACCCCUACGCUGCACCCUCGCGGUCCGACAGACACACACACACACGCGGCUCCCAUCCAGACCAGAGGAGAACGAGGCCGGGCAGACCAGAGAGAACAAACAACAGCGCUUCCUCCUCCUCCCUGUUCCUCCUCUACUCCUCCCUCUGUCGGCUUUACAGGAUGGGGAGAGGGAGGUGGCGAAUGGAGGGAGUGAGCCAGGCUGUGAGAGGGAGGUGUGGGUAUCUGUCUUCCGUUACCUGACUCGCGCUGAGCUCUGUGUCUGCAUGGCCGUCUGCAAGAACUGGCACAAAUGGUAAGAGACAAAAACAAUUUAGAAUGCAUUUUAUACACACACACACACACACACUAUGAAUGUGUCUGCAUGCGCAAGAGUGUAUAGGAGCUCGAUAACCAAUUAAAACGUGUAUGUUCUGUCAUAGGAGCUUGGAUAAGAGGCUGUGGAUGCAGGUCGAUCUGAGCGUAUCUAAAUCCAUCAGUCCUCAGGCUCUGUCAGGCAUCAUCAAACGCCAGCCAGUCACCUUGGACCUCUCCUGGACCUCCAUCUCCAAGAAACAACUCACCUGGCUCAUCAACCGCCUGCCAGGUACACAUAACACACACACAGGCCACCAAACAUGUCCUCACACACUUGGACUACUACUCACUCUGGAGAUGUAACUUAUUCUCUCUGGCUCAGGGUUGAAGGAUCUCAUGUUGUCUGGCUGUUCCUGGUCUUCCAUUUCGGCUCUGAGCUCGCCCAGCUGCCCCCUCCUGCGCACGCUGGACUUGCGGUGGGCCGACGGGAUCAAAGACGGACAGGUCAGGGACCUACUCAACCCCCCAGGUGAGACCGCACCCCCUUUCCUCCAACGUUUUCUGUUUUGAGUUAAAUACUAUUUGGAUAAAUCCCUUGUCAUACUAAAUUAAUUAGAUGUACCCUGCUAAAGUCCGCAGCAGACAGAUAUUUUCUUAUUUUUUCUCUCUUCCACCGCCUUCCUCCUGUCACCUCUCUUUCUCCUCUGCCUCUCCCUCCCUCUUCCUGCCCUAAUUCCCGUCCACCCCUAACCCCUCUCACUCUAGGUUGUGAUAACCGCAGUCAGCUCAGGAACAUGCAGUCUUUCCGUCUGGCGGGGCUGGAGAUCAGUGACUCUACUCUGAGGCUAGUGAUCAGACACAUGCCUCUGCUGACCCGUCUAGACCUGUCCCACUGUGGAGGCCUCACUGACCAGUCCAUCAACCUGCUCACUGCCGUGGGCUCCUCCACACGCAACACACUCACUGAGCUCAACCUAGGGGGUAAGACUUGGACUCACACGUACACAGCCACAGCUGAGACUUGGAGCAGUGUGCACACAUACAGGAUUGUGACUAGUACUUGAUAUUGAGUUGUUGUUGUUGAACCCCGGUCUCUAUCUCCCAGGCUGCAGUAAGCUGACAGACGCAUGUCUGCGGUACCUCCGCCGGCUCUCCUGCCUCUCCCUGCUGGACCUGCGGGAAUGCAAGAGUGUGUCCCGCAAAGCCUGCGAGGCCUUCAUCUCUGAGCUGUCUGUCAACACCGUCUACUGCCUAUCUGAAGACAAACUGAUCCAGAGGAUAUCCUAGAGGCCGCCUCCUCUGUCUGGGACAGGGGAUACAGGGAGAGGUUGGGGACAUCUGUGUGACAGAGAAAAGACUGUAGGACAGGGAGGCUUAAAAACACCUGCUGUCUCUGAAGGGAGCAGGAAUGGGAAGUGCUUAGUUACUGCACACUUAGUGGGAGUAGGGUUUCUUUCCAUGUUGUGUAUAUAUAUUUUUUUUACUAAACCAGACGACAGACUCAGGAGUUUGAGUUUAGGCGCCUACGCUGCGUGAUGAAGCUGGGGAUGGGAAGUGGACUCCAUGAUAUGUGGAGGGGAGAGGUUAGGGGGGUUCUUGUGAGGGUGGCAGGGUAUUGUGGGGGGGUCGGUCAUCCCAGAUGGGGUUCUUCUCUUCACCCUGGGAGUUCUAAGUGCUUUAUGACAAGGCUGUCUUUACCCAAAGGUGUUGGCUGUGGACUAACUAACUCCUCCAGGUGUACUGUGGUCAGGUUUCCCCACCCUGAGACAGAGGGGCGCAGACGAGGGAUUCGGGACGGUGCGAGAGGGCAAUCAACAUGGUGAUGAGACCACUCCCAAAUAAGGGCGGGGUAUGAAUGAAAUGGGGUGGAAGGGGCGGAGACAUGGUAAAUGGCGCGUUCUCAAACAACUGUUAGAAUUCAGGUGCUAUCACUCCCAAAACUCUGUUUUGUACAAAUAUGAAUCUAUGACAAGUCUCUAUUCUAGGAAAUACCCCUCACCCCACUUUGAUGCAUUUUCUGUUUCCCAUGGAUAAAAUGUGAGUUCCCUUUUCAGUUUAGUUUUUACUUGUUAAGACUCCGUGUAUAAAUGUAUUAUUUGCUCUCAUUAUUCUGUCCUGUUACCCUUUGUUCUAGUGCUUCUGAGGGAUCCUUCUUUCCUUCCCACCCUGCCACAUCUAAAAACCCAAUAUAAAUAUAUUAUAAAUAUAUACUUUUGUGUUUCCCUCUUAGAUGACAAAAAAAUCCUGUAGCAUUGUAAUUAUUUUCAGAAACCUUUUCACUUGUUUUUUUUGUUUUAAAUAAAUUUAAAAUAGACAAUUUAAAGGUUAACUGUGCCAG